UGAGCCUGUCUGACAGAGCGAGAGUGUGUGUGUGUGUGUCUGAGAGAGGCAGCCGAGAUGAGAGUGUGAAGCAGUGAGAGGGAAAACCUCGAAAGAACAGCAAAGGCGAUCAGAAAGGGGGGUAGGGAGACAGCGAACACAGCAAAAAGGCAGAGCAGAGUAGAAGAAAGAGAAGAGAAGAGAAGAGGGGAGGGAGAUAAAGUGUAAUGUGAAUGUACUAUCUUUGACUGUGCUGGUGCCAAAGUCAGAAGAUGCAAUGACUACUAGAUGACCAGCCACUUCACACACACCAGCAUCCUGUCCUGGAGCCUUGACAGGAGGGGACAAGAAAAAUCAACUACACACUCAGAGGCAAAAACACUCUCUUCAAGCAGUCCCACAUCCACUGGAUCAUGUCGUCUACCGGGUCAACCAACCACAACAAGCGUCUGGCAUUGGAGACGGACAACUCUCAGCAGAUGUUGGACAAUGAUUCUGCUCAGCACCUGAAGCUGAGGGAGAGACAGCGCUUUUUUGAAGAGGUCUACCAGCAUGACGUGGACAACUACCUGCCCUCUGCUCACCUGCAGGUCGACUGCAGGAAACCCCCCAUGGGAAGCAUCUCUUCUAUGGAGGUGAACGUGGACGUCCUGGAGCAGAUGGACCUGAUGGACAUUUCUGACCAGGAGGCCCUCGACGUGUUCCUCAACUCAGGCUCCGGAGCAGACGAGGGCGCGCUGGCAUCUCCACUACCAGAGGGUGAGGACGAAGAAGAAGAUGAGGAGGAUGAAGAUGCCGAGGUUGUGUACAGGGAGCGCGCCCCUUUGAAGCGGCAAGAUGAAGUUCACCGGGGCUCAAAGUGCCGCAUGUCCUCUACAUCAUCUGGUUCCAGCGAUACAAGUGGGGGCGGACCCGACACACCCGUGAUCCAGUCGGAUGAUGAAGAAGUCCAUGCCGACACUCUGCUGCUCACCUCUGUUCCCCAUACCAGGGAUGAAGAAACAGAAGAGGAGGACGAGGGGGAAGGAUGCCUUGCGACUAAAUCUCCAUGAAGACUGAAUUUUACUUUGUGUAGAGAUACAUGGGUAAAAAAAGAGUGUAAAAAAAAGAGAUCUCUCUGUCUCUCUGCAUUUGCAAUCCUUUCGUUUGGGGAAACCCCUAGCAUGGUUGACCUGGCUGUGAUUUGCUGCUGUCUUAGUGAAUGUUUCCCUGAGUACAUUGGAUUUUUCUUUACAACUUAAAAUCUAUUUUUCCUAAUAAGUGUUAAAGGUAUAAUAUGCAAGAAUUUCCUAAAAAACAAUGAUACAAAAAUAGUCCCUCUCAGUCAUCAUGUAUGCCCCACUUGCAGUGUGUGGUGGUGUCUGUUUCUGCAGAGACCCUGCAGCCAUCUGCCUGGAUUUUCUCUUUUCUUCUUAUUUUGCUGUGCUCAGGAUGUUUCUGUGCAUCAGCAAAGAGGCAAAGAGGCUUUGGGCCCCUCGUGGGGCUGUAACCUCCAGCCAACAACAGCGAGCGGUGUGUGUAGCCCCUUCAGGUCGUCAGGUACCGCCGAGUCCCCCUUUAGCUCUGUCAGAUAAGCAGCCAUACUUCACAGAUGAGAACGGGUCGUGUAUUUUGACCAAGAGCAGCGCUGAGCCACAGCGGAAAGGAAAACGUGUUCUCAUCCCAACUCGUCAUAUAUUGACGCUUUGUCAGACCCAUCGGCGUCACUUUUCGGUCGCAGUAAACUUGUGCUUAAUGUUGUGAUUAAACAAUAAAACGUGCUUAGGUUCAGGCAAUAAAACCACUAUAGUUAGGUUUAGGAAAAAAACAACAUGGUUGGGCUUAAAACUACUACGUUUGUACAGUGAAAGUGACACUGAACAUUAUGAACACGGGAUAUGAACGAACAGCUGAUUGUAAGGUGACAAAGGGGACACGAACGUCGGUCUCCUGAAUGAAAGCCUUGUGUUUGUUGGACUGAACCACACUUCCGGCGCACUUUCCCAUAGCAUUUAAUAUUGACGCGGAUGGGUUUACAUUGUAGUUAAUGGUAAGUCGGUGCGUCUCAUACCAACGCUAAAGGGUGCCUU